AUGAGUAAACGUGGAAGAACUUCCUCGGUAACGGGUAGGCAAGAUGAUGAUGGAGAAUCUUCAGACUUGAUUGAUUUUUGCUCUUACGUGUACGAUAUACUAAGAAAUCAUAAAAAAGAAGAUGGGUCUUUAUUGUGCGAUACCUUCAUUAGAGUUCCCAAACGAAGACAGGAUCCAUCGUAUUAUGAAGUUGUAUCCAAUCCUAUUGAUAUGCUUAAAAUUCAGCAAAAAAUAAAAACAGAUGAUUAUGAAGAUAUUGAAGAUAUGGCUCAGGAUGUAGAAUUAAUGGUUAAUAAUGCCAAAUCUUUUUAUAAGAAAAAUUCAACAGAAUACAAGGAUGCUGUUGAAUUGAUGGAGAUGUUCAAUUCAAUUAAAAAUAGACUUCUUGAAUCAGAAGAUCAAUCAUCAGUUGAGUCUGACAAGAAAGGAAAAAUUAUUUUAAAAGUUGGAAAGCUUGCUAGAAAAGCUGCUGCUGCUGCAGAGGCUAAAAAACAAGAUCCUGAUGAUACAACUUCUGAAGGUUCAAGUGUUAUGGAAGAAGAAUCUAAUCAAAUCGAAGAACUAUUUACUGCUGUAAUGCAGGCUACAGAUGGAGAAAAACGGCAAUUAAAUUCUGCUUUUAUGCUCCUUCCUUCAAAAAAAAAAUAUCCAGAGUAUUAUGACAUUAUAGAUAAUCCUAUUGACCUUAAGCAAAUAGCUAGAAAAAUCCAAGCCAAUCAAUAUAAUCAUAUUAAUGAUUUAGAAAAAGAUAUGUUGCUAAUGACUAAAAAUGCUUGUAGUUUUAACGAACCUGGCUCUCAAAUUUACAAAGAUGCAAAAACCCUUAAAAAAAUAAUAGUGAGCAAAAAAUUUGAUAUUGUUCAUGGAAAGCUUAAAGCUAAAGUUGGAUCGAGAAGUUAUCAACCUUUAUCAGCUAUAACUGCCGCCCUUAAGGAAGAAGCAACAUCUGAAGAAGAAGAACUAGAGGGAGAUUCUGAUGUAGAUUUGGACAAUCCCAGGUGGCAACUUUAUGACGUUGUUAAAAAUACCACAAACAAUGGAGGUUAUGCACUAUGUGAACCUUUUUGGAAAUUGCCAUCUCGAAGACAUUAUCCAGAUUAUUAUAAAGAAAUUAAAAAUCCAGUAUCAUUACUUCAGAUAAGAAACAAACUUAAGAAAGGAGAAUAUGGAACUGUAUCAGAAGUUGCAGGGGAUUUAAAUAUUAUGUUUGAAAAUGCAAAAAAGUACAAUAGGCCUGAAUCUCGAUUAUAUCGGGAUGCUAUAAAAUUGCAAAAAGUAAUGCAACAUAAAGUAAAAGAAUUAUUAGAUUUUGAUCAAGAAUCUGAAAGUGAUACAGAUUCAGAUAAUAGUCCUAUUAUUAAGAAAGAUACUAGUCCGAUAGCCAAAAAACGAGGGCGUAAAAGUGCUGCAUUCAUUAGAGAUAAUCCUUCGUUAAGAAAAAGAUUUUUAUCAAUUUGUAAAGCAUUAACCGAAUAUACUUAUGAAGAUGGUCGUCAACCCAUUCUAAUGUUUAUGGAAAAACCUUCGAAAAAAUUGUAUCCUGAAUAUUAUAAAAUUAUUGCAGAACCAAUCGAUUUAUUGCAAAUACAAGGAAACAUCAAAGCAGAGAAAUACACAACUGAAGAUCAAUUAAUAUCAGAUCUUAAACUGAUGUUUAGUAAUUGUCGGAAGUUUAACGAGGAAAAUUCGGUCAUUUAUAAAGAUGCAAAUAAUUUAGAAAAGGUAUUAAACGAUAAAUUAAAGGAGUUGGGACCGUUACCAGAUGUUUCUACGACGCCCAAGAAAUCAGCGGUUAAAGCUUACAAACCAAGGCGGAAACAAACACAGGCCGAUGCGAAAUUACGGUCACUUUUUGAAACUAUUAAAGAAUUUAGAGAUUCUAAAGGUCGACACUUGUCUCUGGUUUUUGCCAAGCUACCCUCUCGUAUUGACUACCCCGAUUAUUACGAAGUAAUAAAGAAACCUAUAGAUUUGGACAAAAUUGGUAGUAAACUUAAAGGGGGCCAUUACGAAACCUUAGAUGAUUUGGUUACAGAUUUAAUUUUAAUGCUCGAUAAUGCUUGCAAAUUCAAUGAACCUGAUUCUCAGAUAUACAAGGAUGCCCUUCAACUUCAACGAGUUGUCCUACAAACAAAAUUACAAUUGAGAGAAGAUGAAAAUUUAGUACCUGAUGUCAAAGCAGCCGUACAAGAGCUUCUUACAUCUUUAUUUACUUCAGUGUACAAUCAUCAAGAUGAAGAAGGAAGAUGUUUUUCUGAUUGCAUGCUGGAAUUACCAGAGCAUGAUGAAAUUGAGGGAAAAAAAGUUCGUGGAAUAUCUUUGGACAUAGUAAAAAGAAGACUUGAUAAAGGAUUGUACAAAAGACUUGAUCGUUUUCAAGAAGAUUUAUUUGCAUGUUUGGAAAGAGCUCGAAAAUUAUCACGAACUGAUUCUCAAGUUUUUGAAGAUUCAAUAGAACUUCAAGCUUUUUACAUUAGGCAAAGGGAUGAAUUAUGCCGAGGAGGAGAUAUUCUCAAUUCUCCCGCUCUGAAUUAUAACUUAUUGCAUUUGUCAGCUGCUGUUGAGCAACAAAAACAGCAAAAACUUCUUAAAGAAACUCCAAGUGAAGAAGAAAAUGAAGGUCGAAAUCCAGAGGAUCCUGCAAACAAUACAUCUAUAGUUUCGAAUAAUUCGGUGGAAAAUUCAGCCCCUGGUGGUGCUAUGAUAUUUAAUCAACAGCAUUACCAUGUUGGAGAUUUUGUAUAUAUUCAACCUCAGGACAGAAACGCAGAACCUAGUAUUAUACACAUUCUUAGGGGAUGGACAAACGCUGAAGGAAUUCAAAUGUUGUAUGGUGAUUGCUUUUGUCGACCUAACGAAACGUAUCACGUUCAAACUCGUAAAUUUUUGGAAAAGGAAGUGUUUAAAAGUGAUCAACAUGUAGCUGUUCCCCUUAGUCAAGUAUUGGGUCGUUGUUGUGUGAUGAGCGUAAAAGAUUAUUUUAAAUUGAAACCUGAGGGUUUUGAUGAAAAAGACAUUUACGUCUGUGAAUCCAGAUAUUCGAGUAAAGCUAGAGCGUUUAAGAAAAUAAAGGUUUGGCCUUUUAGUACCGAGCGAUUAACUUUGAUUCCUAGAGAAGAACCAUUUGAGCCUAAAAGAAUUAUGUGCGUGUUUAAAGAUAGGUUGGAAAAACAUAUAACUGAAAUUGCCGAAUUGGAGGAAUAUGAAAAAUUGGAGGAAAAAGAAAAACCUAAUAUACAAUUAAUGAAUAUGCCACCCAAUCCAGAAAUAACGGCUUAUUAUCAACAACUUAAUUUGCCCUGGGGUGCUAUCAAGACGGGAGAUUUUGUUUACAUUGAAACAGAAAAUAAUACAAGAUUAGCUGCUCAAGUGGAUACCAUUUGGGCAAACAAAGAUGGGGAAUGUUUCAUCAAAGGACCGUGGUUUUUAAGACCACAAGAAAUAUUUUACAUUCCAGGACGUACUUUUUACAAGCAAGAAAUGUUUUUAGGGUGUUUAGAAGAUGUUCAUUCUAUACAAAAUGUUGUGGGAAGGUGUUGUGUAAUGGAACAUACAGAAUACAUCUCUUGUCGACCGACGGAAAUUGAAGAAAAAGAUAUUUAUAUAUGUCAGUCAAUAUACAAUGAACAAAGACGUCAACUUACUAAAUUGGUUAAUGGGUUAAAACGUUACACUCACAGUGAUACGGUUACUCAAGAUGAAAUUUAUUUUUUUAGGCGCUUGAUUAAUCCUUUAAAGGUCAGUAGUGAAUCCAUAGCUCUUCAUACCAUGCCUGAUACCAGACCGGUACCUUUACAAGUUCAAAAUCCAAUUUCGGGAUACGAAACUCCAUCCGAAUCUAAUAUGAUAACCCAAAAAGUUGAUCAAGAUAUCUUAAGUUUAAUGGAAGAUUCAUUAGAUGGUGGCCCUCCAUCUGUGGGCUCUGGAGAUAUACCAGCACAAUCUCCUCUUCCUGCCAUGCAAACACCUCUAAGUUUAGGGAAAAAGAAGGGAAAAGAAAAAAAUCCAGCCAAGUUAGUUACCGGAUACAUCUUGUACUCUAGUGAAAUACGAAAAGGCAUUUGUACAUCUCAUCCUGAAGCAAGUUUUGGCGAAAUUAGCAGAAUGGUUGGAAACGAGUGGCGACAAUUAACGGCGGAAGUAAAGCAAAGUUGGGAGGAGAAAGCAGCCAAAAUGAAUGAAGAAAUGAAAGAAGCCAAAGCUUUAGAGGAAGCCAUGUACCCUCAAGGUGUGCCUCCGGCUACCACUCCCAAUCCAGCAAAUUUGCCAUUGAAUUUUACGUUUGAAUGUGCGUGGGAUAAUUGUGAUUAUCAGUUUGAUGAUUUAAAUGAUUGCUUAGAACACGCUGUGGCUGAAGGAAGUGGACAUGUUCAAAUGUAUUUUGCUGCUGUUCCUCCCUCCGAAUGUGAAUGGCAAUGUCAGUGGAAAGGAUGUAAUAGAAUAAAAAAAAAUUGUCCGCCAUUUCCCAGUUUAACACGUCUUGCAAGACACGUCAAAGAAGUUCACAUAAUGAAGUCAAAUGGUAAAGUAAUUCAACCGUCGGAGAGAAGCAAGAAUUAUAUACCCUCUAAAAGAGCUGCAGUGCAAAGGACGCAGCAAGUACAAAUUCCACAGGCUCAAUAUUUCAUUGGGGUUUCUGGACAAACUGGAUCAAGUAUUGUGUCGCAUCAUUUGCUUUCACUUGAUUCACCAAAUCCUUCUGUGAAUUCAACUAUAGCUCAGCUAAACCAAAAGCCUGCAGAUCCAAUUUUUGUGACGGUACCACCCAGGCCUCAGAGGUUACUACAUUCAGAUGCUUAUAUCAAGUACAUUGAAGGUUUGUCUUCGGAUUCAAAAUACAUAUCUAGUUGGGAUAGGAUGUUGAAAGCAACACAAGAAAACACUCCUCCUGUUGAUGAAUCUCGUUUACCUGGUUAUUGGUUAGCUAAUGGACCAGGUAAUUAUGGAACAAUUACAAACGCCCUUUGGGCAUUGCGAGACUUUAUGCUAAGAGAUGCUUUAAACAUUUCAAAAAUACUUUAA